CUGGUCUGGUUGAGUCUAUUCUCUCCUCUGUACAAGGACAAGAUCACAUCUUGCACACGUCUGAACAGUUCGAGCUUUAGAGCAAUGAACCAUUUGUUUGGAUGGACAAGGCUCAUGCUGCUAUGUUUCGUAAUUGAUGUUCUCUGUGCUUCCCAGCAAACAGUCAACUCUGAGACUCAGGAGGUGAAAGGCAUCGUGGGAAAGUCUUUAUCUUUUCCAGAGAGAGUGUUUAAAACUGGAUAUGUAAGGUAUGGAGAAGACACUACUGCAAGUGUGAUCAAUGGACAAAGCCAUAUAGAUUCAGAUGAGAGAUUUAAAAAUCGCCUUCACUGGGACAAUGUGACAGGAUUAUUCAGUCUGUCAGACCUACAGAUAGAAGAUGCUGGGGUUUAUUCUGUGGAGAAUAAAGACGGAGAGAAGAGGAUACCUAAAUUUAACCUCACUCUUUACUAUGUUGUUUCCAAACCUCAGGUGAGAGAGUGUGACAGCAGCUCCUGUAGUGUGGUGUGUUCUGUGGACAAUGAAAAAGAGGUGACCUUGACCUUGUACAGGGGAGAGGAAAUACUAAACCAGACCAGCAGUCCUGACCUCACCACCGAUCUCUCUCUCCGUUUGGAGGUAGAGGGAAAGAACUACAACUCCACCCACAGCUGUGUGGCUUCCAACCCUGUCAGCAAUGAGACAGUUCUUGUUCCAAAAUGUUGCAGUGAAGAUGGUCAUCCCAAGGAGACAGACAUGAAUGAGAGGACACGGGGUGUGCUUAUUAUUGCUGUAUUCUGCGUUGCGGUUGCCUCAGGACUGGUUGGACUUGCAAUCAAUCGAAAGAAGAGGGGAAAUGAACACUCACAAGAUUCAUCCGAAGGAGUGCAAGUUGACAAUGAGUACGCAACGAUUACUUACAUAAAACCAACAGAUAACCAGGAGGAGCGAAGAGGUAUACCAGAACUGGAGUCGCGUAGAGACAACUCUGAAAUGGCAUCCGUUUAUGAUUCACUCCAGUUACAUCGCAUGGCUGCCAGCGGGGAUGUUGACACAGCAUGACGGAACAAAACUGGAAGUCACUGAGAAGCCAACAUGAUAACUCAUGAAGAGGACAUUUAAACAAAAUGAAAGUUUAAAAAAAAAUAUUCACCCAGAAAACCUUUUCGAGGCACAGUUGUUAUGGGAGAAAAUUUCCCUGCAACUGUUGCACUGAUAUAAGUUCAGGGUUUCUUUGUAGGUCAUUCUCACAGACCUGUCAAAUAGAGACCUCGAUGGCAUCCACUGAUACGGACCAAUUCAAUAACUAUUGAGUUAGUAGCAGGAUCAGGAUAAUCCUUAUUUUCAGAUGCCUUUUGUCCCAAAUCCCCAUGUAUGGGUUAAAACAAAUGGAACAUAUAUUUAAAUACUGGGCGCAACUUUGGUUUUGGAAUGGGGGGGGGGACAUAACUUUUUAUCCUCUCGGAUAAACACUCCAAACAGCCUACCCGCCCACUCGGAGGCGUCCGCAUGGCCCUAAAGCACACCAUAGCAUAGUUUUGUAUCACAUUCCAAUGAUAAAACUGGGGGGGGGACAAAAAUGCUAUUUCAGAAUGUGGGGGGGAAUGUGGCACCCUUGGUGUUUGCUAUGCUACUGCUGAACCAAAGCUUCUUUUCAGUAAUGACUGUUCUGUUGUUUAAAUGUAGGUCCCUCCCCUGUAUAUUUUAUAGCUGCUCGUUGUUUAGCUUGCAGCUUUGUAUAGUACAUAAAAGAGCAGGCGUUUGAGAUAAAGCCACCUACUCCUUGGCAGCUAUGACUGUUAGACUACUUUAGGUCCAUAGAUUUAAGAACAAAAGGUCCAUAGAUUUACUUUUUUUUAUGUAGAUCUUGAUUUGCCAUUUGAUCUUGAGUGUUUUUUUUACUCUUCUUAUCACUAUUCGCAAAAUGUUGUUCUGGCCUAACUUGUCUCUCUUAAUUAGCUUGUUUCAUUUAUUAUGAUGGAUCAUUUAUUUUGCUGAAAUAUGUUGAUCUGUCAUUCUUAUUGAGAGCAAGUCUAAGAAGCAGUAGAUAUUUUCUAUGUGCACUAUUUCUAUGCUUGCCGUGCUUGAGGUUUGUUUUUGUGUAUUUUACUUUUGGUUUUGUACAACAGCUUCAAACAGAGGAAAACACAAUAUGUUUAGUUAUGGAAAAGAUAUUCCACAGCGGUUUAGAUGGUACAAUGAUUCUCUACACUAUAGUUGCUUGUUUUGUCACAUAAACAACCAGGAAAUGGAAAGAGUGAUUUCUGCAUAGAGCAUCUAUAACAUGAGAAGGUUUUGCGGAAAGAAAGUAUUUCUGUCAACCCAAUAGAUGGUUAUCACGUCAACUGGCUUCACACGGAGUGAUAGACAAACGCGAGCAUCACACAGACAGACAGUGGCAAUAUUGCUGGAAAUUAAUUGGCAGAUAUUGUGUUUAGUUAUUUUAACAACCAAUUAAUCCAAUAGCAAAAAAAAUAUGACACAUGUUUCAAAAUUGCCCUUUGAAUGUAGUAUGUUACAGUUCUGUAAAAUCCAGUACAUUACACAGCUUUCACAUUAGGCAAUACACUUAGGCACUACCCAUAACAAUUUACUGAACAUCCAAUUUCCAUAAUUCAGGCCAAAGAGUUCAAUCUUGGUUUCAUCACACCAGAUAAUCUUGUUUCUUGUGGUCUGAGUGUCCUUUAGGUGCUUUUUGGCAAACUCCAAGCAGGCUGUCAUGUGCCUUUUACUGAGG